UACUAUAUUGUAAUGUAUUGUGUUAGACUUAAUUCUAACAAAAUAUGAAGCCCAACAUACACUGAGCAUUCAUACAUGUUAGAGCUUCAUAAAGUCAUAUUUCACUUGAUUUUCAUGACAACCAUGAGACAUAGGUAUGGCAUAUAACGAGAGAAAAUGGAGACUUAGAGAGGUUAAAUAAUGUUGUUCAUGGCCAUACAACUUCUAUGUGUUUUUAAAAAUUUUACAGCAGGGUUUCUUCUCUAGGAAAAUCUAAUACAAACAGUGCAGCUCUUUAUAAUUACCUCACCAAGUAAAGAAGAAAUGAAUCUAUCAAAAAGGUUUCAAUUCAGAGAAGAAACAAGAUGGAUGGAUGAAUGAUUUUUUAUAGUUUCCUGUGUAUAUGCACUAUACACAAACAUGUAUACUGCUCACAUUAAUGUGGCACACAUCAUAGUCUCUUCUGUCGUAAAAAGACUUUACGGAGGGUAUGAUUUUAAAAUGUCAUUAUUUGGCAAUUGACCACAGAUGAUCUAGGUCAGAAGUCCUAAACUACCAUUUCAUAGGUCAAACCUGACUUGCAGUUAUAGUUCUCUUUUUGUUUUGUUUUCCUACAUAAUUGAAAUAGAGAUUUUACAUAAAAUCCCAGUUUCCGACAUCACUUGCAAAACGUAAGAUUGGUCACCUUGCGCUUGAAUUCCCACAGAGCAUCAGUCAGUCAGAAUUGAAUUGAGUAGUAGCAGCUCCUUUUUUUUUUUUUUUUUUUUCCCUUUGAGACAGGGUCUGUUGCCUAGGCUGGAGUGUAGUGGGGUGAUCAUGGCUCAUUGCAGCCUCUACCUCCUGGGCUCAAGUGAUCCUCCUACCUCAGCCUCCUGAGAGCUGGGACUACAGGUGUCAGCCAUCCCACUUGGCCUAGUAGUAGCUCAUUUUAGAUGGAUCCUGUGCUCCCUCUCAUUGCCACGGUCUCCAUUUAUUAGUUUCAUUCAUUUAUGUUAUUUAACUGACCCCAUAAGCGUUUGUGUUUUGUGACCACCAUCUUAGGUUCUAAACAUUACCUCUACCAAACUGUGAAAAGUAGGAAUUCUACACCUGUUUCCCACAUCCAAGAUCCAUCUCCCCUCCUGUGAUAAUUGCCUUUCACUCGUGGGCAGGGUAUAUUGGGUAAAGCCAGCUUGGCCAAGAAUGAUUUGACACAAGCCAAGCAGGGUCAUUCACAUGCUUUCUCUUAGGAAUUUUAAACUUGGACUUAGAAGAGCUAUGUAAUCUCUGCAUGCAGCUACAACCCUGUCAAUUUGGAAAGUGUAGGGUAGCCAUAUUCAGCCAUUUUGACUGCACAAGCAGAGAGAUCCUAUUUGGAGAAAAAGAAGAGAAAAGCAGAGGUGAAAACCAGGUUGUCAAGAUCUAUAAGAUCCUCCAAUAUCCUCAUAAUAAACUCUCUUAUCUGCAUACGUUGUCUUCAAAUGGUUUGUUUCUUACAGACACUUGUCUUAGCCUUCAAACCUGCUGACUUCCCAACUCUGUGGUUCAAUUUCCAAACCUCUUAAAGUUAAAAAACAAAACCUGAUAUUUUUUUUGGCCCAUCAUACAGGAUUAUGUUGGUACUCAAAUAAGUCUAUUAUAUAUUAUUUGAAAACUGUAAACUACCAUACAAAUCUAAGGUAUUAUUCUCAUGACAGCUCUGGCAAAUGUUCACUAAAUGGAGACACAAUAGGUGAAGAAAAGUGGGAAAAUAUUUGUGGCUAGAGCAGAGCAAGGCACCCAAGACCCUUGCAGCUUUUAAGUCAAACUACUGUACUGGCAGUAAAUAAGCACUUUCUGGUUGCUGUCAGGGUGGUCCCAACCUAACUAGACAUUCCUCUUCUUCAGGACUGAGAAUACAGUGGCCUUUCCCAAGCACGAAUAUGUAAGGAUUAUAUUUUGCUCAUCUGUACUUUUGAGCAACGCCAACUUCCUUAAGCAAUUUCCCCGAAGCACUAGGAUAUGAAUCAGUCAAAACACUGCAAGUCAACUCUGCAAUUUUCUCUCUGCUCAGCAAUGUAGUCAAAAACUGGUAAAUCAGGGUGAACCAUUGUGUCAGGAAGAAUUUGGUUAGAAUGAAACUCCUCCCUACAUUUCUUAAAUCCAUACAAGUCAUAAAACUCAGAUUUAGUUUAUUCCUGAAUAUGAGAAUAUGUCUGAAAAACAGAGCUCAGAUAACAGGGAAUAGAACAUAACCUUGUUUGCUGUGAUCCUUGUAAAGAAAAACAAUUGCAGGCCUGUUAAUCACUCAUUAAAAAUACAUCGUAUAGUAUUUGAACAGUGAUUAACUUGCACUUAUAUUAUUGACCUGAAUAAAUUAUUUGUUCAUUAGCAGAUUAUAAUUUUGUGUAUGUGUCACUUCAAGGCCCUAAAAAUAAGAACUAGCUUCCCACCUAGCAGCAGUAGAGAAGCAGUACCAAAAAAAACCAACCCCCCCCCCCACAAACUAACAUUACCUUUCAGGAAGGAACUACAUGUUUGUAAAAGCAGGAAAGGAAAAGAUUUUUAAGUAAUAUCUGCUGCUACGUUCCAAAUCUGUCCAAGUGAAUUUUGAAUAAUUACUGGAUUAAAUAAGAAACUGCCAACCUAAAGCAGAGCAGGAUUUGCAAUGGUAUAAUCGACCACAGAGGGAUACUCAAAUCAGCUAAUCUCUUAGUGGCUGUCUCUUUCUGGAGUGAAGAGAAAGAUAAACUGAGUCUCUAAAUGUGUCCAGCUGAAAAGAAAAGUUAACAGUGUGAGAUUAACUCAAUUUAAAAUCGUGGAAAAAUUUGAUGAGGCAGUCUACAUUCUUUCAAAACAAUGGAUAAAGGAGAAGGCUUUUCUACACUAAACGGUAUCGAUUAUAGGAAGAGUAAACCAAGAAAAAUAAUGUGCACAUCUUUUUUAAGCUGCAAAAUGCCUAUUUGGUAAAAUGAUCACUUCCGUUUUUGAGCAUCCCUUUGCUGAGGCAGCGAAUGGCGGCGUCGGCGGGGUCUUCAGAGAGCAGACGUUGGAGCACUGAGCUGUCUAAAUUCUGCGGUAUUUCCCCCCCGGAAGAAGCGGGAGAGGCGGCGGCAACAGCAGAGGCAGGACCCCAAGCAGAGAGCCUGGAUCGCGAGGCCGGGGGCUGGACCGCAGCCCGGCACCCAGGAAGGGCAGCGGGGAGGCGUGGACGCUCUGGCACUCAGUCAACCUCACGGGGCGGGGCGGCCGCGGGUCGCGGGCGGAUGACGCGCCGGGGCCGGCGGAGGAGCAGCCACUUCCUGGAGCCGCCGGCCGGGGCCGCUGGCUGCACUCAGCGCCGGAGCCGGGAGCUAGCGGCCGCCGCCAUGUCCCACCAGACCGGCAUCCAAGCAAGUGAAGAUGUUAAAGAGAUCUUUGCCAGAGCCAGAAAUGGAAAGUACAGACUUCUGAAAAUAUCUAUUGAAAAUGAGCAACUUGUGAUUGGAUCAUAUAGUCAGCCUUCAGAUUCCUGGGAUAAGGAUUAUGAUUCCUUUGUUUUACCCCUGUUGGAGGACAAACAACCAUGCUAUAUAUUAUUCAGGUUAGAUUCUCAGAAUGCCCAGGGAUAUGAAUGGAUAUUCAUUGCAUGGUCUCCAGAUCAUUCUCAUGUUCGUCAAAAAAUGUUGUAUGCAGCAACAAGAGCAACUCUGAAGAAGGAAUUUGGAGGUGGCCACAUUAAAGAUGAAGUAUUUGGAACAGUAAAGGAAGAUGUAUCAUUACAUGGAUAUAAAAAAUACUUGCUGUCACAAUCUUCCCCUGCCCCACUGACUGCAGCUGAGGAAGAAUUACGACAGAUUAAAAUCAAUGAGGUACAGACUGAUGUGGGUGUGGACACUAAGCAUCAAACACUACAAGGAGUAGCAUUUCCCAUUUCUCGAGAAGCCUUUCAGGCUUUGGAAAAAUUGAAUAACAGACAGCUCAACUAUGUGCAGUUGGAAAUAGAUAUAAAAAAUGAAAUUAUAAUUUUGGCCAACACAACAAGUACAGAACUGAAGGAUUUGCCAAAGAGGAUUCCCAAGGAUUCAGCUCGUUACCAUUUCUUUCUGUAUAAACAUUCCCAUGAAGGAGACUAUUUAGAGUCCAUAGUUUUUAUUUAUUCAAUGCCUGGAUACACAUGCAGUAUAAGGGAGCGGAUGCUGUAUUCUAGCUGCAAGAGCCCUCUGCUAGAAAUUGUAGAAAGACAACUACAAAUGGAUGUAAUUAGAAAGAUCGAGAUAGACAAUGGGGAUGAGUUGACUGCAGACUUCCUUUAUGAAGAAGUACAUCCCAAGCAGCAUGCACACAAGCAAAGUUUUGCAAAACCAAAAGGUCCUGCAGGAAAAAGAGGAAUUCGAAGACUAAUUAGGGGCCCAGCGGAAACUGAAGCUACUACUGAUUAAAGUCAUCACAUUAAACAUUGCAAUACUAGUUUUUUAAAAGUCCAGCUUUUAGUACAGGAGAACUGAAAUCAUUCCAUGUUGAUACAAAGUAGGGAAAAAAAUUGUACUUUUUGGAAAAUAGCACUUUUCACUUCUGUGUGUUUUUAAAAUUAAUGUUAUGGAAGACUCAUGAUUUCUAUUUUUGAGUUAAAGCUAGAAAAGGGUUCAACACAAUGUUUAAUUUUGUCACACUGUUUUCAUAGUGUUGAUUCCACACUUCAAAUACUUCUUAAAAUUUUAUACAGUUGGGCCAGUUCUAGAAAGUCUGAUGUCUCAAAGGGUAAACUUACUACUUUCUUGUGGGACAGAAAGACCUUAAAAUAUUCAUAUUACUUAAUGAAUAUGUUAAGGACCAGGCUAGAGUAUUUUCUAAGCUGGAAACUUAGUGUGCCUCGGAAAAGGCCGCAAGUUGCUUACUCCGAGUAGCUGUGCCAGUUCUGUCAGACUGUAGGAUCAUGUCUGCAACUUUUAGAAAUAGUGCUUUAUAUUGCAGCAGUUUUUUAUAUUUGACUUUUUUUAAAUAGCAUUAAAAUUGCAGAUCAGCUCACUCUGAAACUUUAAGGGUACUAGAUAUUUUCUAUACUGCAGGCUUUCUGAUGACAUUGAGACUUUAAACAGCCUUAGUAAAUUAUCUUUCCAAUGCUUUGUGAGGCCAAACAUUUAUGUUCAGAUUGAAAUUUAAAUUAAUAUCAUUCAAAAGGAAACAAAAAAUGUUGAGUUUUGAAACUCAGGAUUGACUUUUUUUUCUCCAAAACCAUACAUUUGUAGGCAAAUUGUGUUCUUUAUCACUUCCGAGCAAAUACUCAGAUUUAAAAUUACUUUAAAGUCCUGCUACUUAACAGGCUAACACAGAUAAACACCUUAAUAAUCUCAGUUAAUACUGUAUUUCAAAACACAUUUAACUGUUUUCUAAUGCUUUGCAUUAUCAGUUACAACCUAGAGAGAUUUUGAGCCUCAUAUUUCUUUGAUACUUGAAACAGGGAGCUAGAACACUUAAUGUUUAAUCUGUUAAACCUGCUGCAAGAGCCAUAACUUUGAGGCAUUUUCUAAAUGAACUGUGGGGAUCCAGGAUUUGUAAUUUCUUGAUCUAAAGUUUAUGCUGCGUAAAUCACUUAUUGGAAAUGCACAUUUCAUAGUGUGAAGCACUCAUUUCUAAACCUUAUUAUCUAAGGUAAUAUAUGCACCUUUCAGAAAUUUGUGUUCGAGUAAGUAAAGCAUAUGAGAAUAAUUAUGGGUUGACAGAUUUUUAAAAUAGAAUUUAGAGUAUUUGUGUGGGGUUUUGUUUGUUUACAAAUAAUCAGACUAUAAUAUUUAAACAUGCAAAAUAACUGACAAUAAUGUUGCACUUGUUUACUAAAGAUAUAAGUUGUUCCGUGGGUGUACACGUAGACAGACACACGUACACCCAAAUUAUUGCAUUAAGAAUCCUGGAGCUGUGUUGCAGACCAUAGCUGAAGCUGUUAUUUUCAGUCAGGAAGACUACCUGUCAUGAAGAUGUAAAAUAGAAGUGAAUGUUUUUCUGUACCAUCUAUGUGCAAUUAUACUCUAAAUUCCACUACACUACAUUAAAGUAAAUGGACAUUCCAGAAUAUAGAUGUGAUUAUAGUCUUAAACUAAUUAUUAUUAAACCAAUGAUUGCUGAAAAUCAGUGAUGCAUUUGUUAUAGAGUAUAACUCAUCGUUUACAGUAUGUUUUAGUUGGCAUUAUCAUACCUAGAUGGUGAAUAACAUAUUCCCAGUAAAUUUAUAUAGCAGUGAAAAAUCACAUGCCUUCUGGUGGACAUUUUAUAAGUGCAUUUUAUAUCACAAUAAAAAUUUUUUCUCUUUAA